AUGAUGUGGAAACCAAGUCUCUUUGACGACUCGGACGGCGAAGUCACUGCAGUCCACGCCGAUGACGAGACUUCGCCUUACCUUCUCGACGACCUGGAUGCCUUCGAGUCGUGCCUCAGCAGCAUGGGGAGCAUGAGGAGCACAAAGGAGAACGCAGUUACGCCACUCACUCCGGUGACCGUCAAGUCGGCCUUCGACCUUAACGAGACCUUGGUCGAUGGAGUUGGGUCGGCCGAUGAUCUCAUUCACCAUCGUGGGAGCGGAAACAGCUUGAAUACUACUGAUUCUGAUGAUGAUGAAUUCUUCACUUCGAGCUCCUCCCCUCCCACACCCGCGAAAGCUCUGCCCUGGGACGGUUAUAUUUCUUGGACCGAUACAAUGGCCAAUACUGAUUUCAGCAAACUAGAAGGAAGGGCCUCGGGAUUCGGAUCCAGUGUAGAACUUGUGGCUCAUGGCUUGGUUUACACCCCCCGGUUCGAUGAUAAAGAUGCCUAUCGAACUGUCUUACUCACUAAGCUCCCCUUAGAUGUGGAUAUGAGGACCUUGCUCUCGGCCAUCCGAGGAGGAGCUGUGUUUUCAGCCCACAUCAUGAACAUGGAGGAGUUUGCGGGCUAUCACAUGGGAGUUGUGACUUUUGUUCGGGGCAAAGCCGCUUCUGCCUAUGUCAACUUUGCGAUCAACCAUGGCGUUUACUUCAAUGAUGCCAGGGUCAACGUCUGCCUCUCCAAGACUCCAACAUACCCAAUCCCCAAGGCUAUGCAGAACAACAUCGUAAACCAGCUUUUUUCUCGUUGCUUGGUCAUUCAAGGAGAUCGGGACCCUAAUCGCUACAGCUACAUAGCGAAGAACCUAAAGAACAAAAUACGGCUUGAUUUUGAGAUGGGAGACAGGAUGACUGAGAAUGCUGAAGAAACAGAGAUUAAUAUCCGAUUUAGCUCGAUCCGGGCUGCAGAUAAUGCGUACGGGAUUCUCCGAUCACUCUUGAGGGAAUGUACAGUUAGCUUUGCUCUGGAUCCGUGUGCUCAACCUCUUCCUGGCGCCGAGGUGGACGAAGAGUCGGAGGAUAAAUGUACUAUCGAAUUGGCCUGUGCCGAUCCUUGGAUGUGA